UAUCGCAUUUCCUGUUUGAUAAUAUGCAGUGUACAUUACUUAAGAAUUAUACAUUUCGUUGCUUUUGUUUUAAAUUGAGCGCUUCAAAGUCGCAGUUACGAAUGUUUCACUCGGAGAUACGAACGCAACGUUCGGAGAUACGAACGUAGCGGAUGAUCAGCUGUUUUGGAGUAACGUGUUGUAGUAGUUCACCAUAGUACAUAAACACAUAUGUACACCUCAACAAUGGAUAUCAGCACGAAGAAACGCAGAUCGCUGUCGUUCCAGACGAAAGUCGAGAUUCUUAAGCUUGCCGAUCAGGGACAAACCACAUCCGAGAUAGCCACCCUUUACGGCCUCAACAGAUCGACAAUAUCGACCAUCCUCAAGGACAAAAUCAAAAUAUUGGAUCACGUUAUCAGUUCGGGCUCCGUCGAUUCGUACAUCGUCUCCAAGAAGAGGGGUUCCGUUAUCGAGGAGAUGGAGAGACUGCUCAAGCUCUGGAUCUCCGAAUGCUCGAAGACCAACGAGAAAUUGUCCAUGGAGAAGGUUCAGAGUAAAGCGUUGAGUUUGUACGAGGAGCUUAAGAUUAAACGGGGCGAACAUGCCGGAGAUGUUCUACCGUUUCUCGCGAGCAGCGGAUGGUAUUACAGGUUCAGGGCGAGGACGAAAAUCACCGGUUUCUCACAUGUCCAAACCGACAGAACCACGCAGGAAAACACCGUCGACGAUUUGAUAAAGUUAAAGAACUCUUCGACAAUCGUGACGAAGAAUAAGCGAAGGAGGAAGACGAAUGAAGUUAAAGCUCCAGCCAACCUUCCCGUCGUCAAAGACGAAUUCUAUUAUUUUGCGUUGGAUAUAGCUGCGAAAUUGAGGCAACAUUCGUACGACACAGCCUCAAAGCUUAAACAGAAUAUUGAAGAAUUGAUAGACAAACAUAAAGGAAAGAUACGAAGGAGUAGGGUUAUUAAUACAAAUAUUGAGCCUGAAAACGGGGAGUUUGGAACUUGGCAAUUCGUUAAGUGUGAAAUGAAUGAAGCAGAUGACUGUGAUUAUGACGAAUCAGAAUUCGUUACGAUGAAGUGCGAAUCUCCGGAUGAAAUUGGAGCAAUCGAAGAAGAUGAUAAAACCAUGGAAGAAUGUGAUGUUAACUUGGAACCUUCAAUUAAAGUGGAAAUAAUAAGCGAUUGA